UAGCUGAAACCUGAACACACAACAGAAAAUAAUCACAUGAAGCCUUAUCCACUAGACCACUACCAUAAGAUGAAAAAGAAAAGAAAAAUUAUUCUAACAACACCAGCUACUCACUUCACCUUAGCGACACCUCUGUAGGAAAAACAAUGGCAUCACCGUGUUCGUGUGGCAUUAUAAGGCAAAGUGUGUUCAUGAUGAAGCUGAAUGGAGUGAGUUCCCAAUUUCCACUGUCUUCUUCUUCUCCUUCUUCCCUUAUUCAAAUUCACCACUCGUCUUCCUUGAUUCGCGACCACAUUCAUCUCACGGCGGCGAAAUUGAAAGUAGUGCCUAAAGCCACCGCGGCGAGUGGCAGCUCCGUGUCUCCGAGCAACGACGACGAUGGAGUCUCUCUUGGCACCAUGAAACUGCCUCUCAACAUUGACCUUCAGAGAUUCGAUGCCUUGCUGUUUCAGUGGGCAAACAGCCUUUGCCAGGGAGCCAAUCUUCCACUCCCCAUGCCUCUCAAGGUGGACAAAAUACCCUUUGGAGCUAGAUUGGGUUUUAUCACCAUUGGAGAUGGGGAAACAGAAGUUCUUGUGUAUAUUGACUGCGUGGUUUCUCCAUCAACUGACAGUUCUGCUCCAAUUUUCCGUGCCAUUCGAAAUGGCCCCUUGAAAGAUAAGGUGCCACCUGGUGAGCCCAGAAUAAUGAGGAGCCUUAUGCAAGCUCUUCAAAAGUCAGUUGAAAUCUCUAGAUUGUGAAUCUUUUUUUUUUGGGUUUAUCUAUUGUACUUGUAAAAUUUUGAGCUGAAAAUUAAAUCAUAAGAAGUUUGAAUUUGAUGUAUAUAUAUUCAGUCCGCUUAAGUUAUCCUAUAUUAUGUCUAUUGACAGAA